UAUUGAUUCAACAUGGCGGAUAUAUGUGUAUGACAAACCUUGUAAAUAUUUACAAAAGACCAAGAACUCUAUUUUACUUUCAAAAAGACACGAUGAUAAAAUUACAUAGAAAAACAGUGUCUUCCAUUGGUUGACUUUCCUGGCUAGCUACGGUUCAAGAUAUUGAUCUCUACUGGAAAUUCAGGAUGUGAGACCACUACAUUGGGUGAAGAAAUAUCAGUAUAUUUUACAGUCAUCUAUUGAACAUGACUGCACCACCCUAGUGUCCAUUCAUCACUGCUGCAGAAAAAUUAAGAAAAAUGGACGAACGAAGAGUGGCAGACUACUUUAUUGUAGCUGGAUUACCAGAGAUCCCACUGCCACUGGAAGAGUACGCAAACGAAGCUGUCAUAAAACCUACCUAUAAACAGGACCCUAUCACAGACAUCAGUGUCAUCAACAAGACACUAGGAGAAAAGGUUCCUAAAGGAUUUACCUGUCUAGAGAGAACCACAGACGGUUUCCCAGCAGACCUUAACCAUGGCAGUUUACGCUGUGCUGAAAUGUAUCUGUGUUUUCGCAGGAGUAGAGACAAAACACCUCUCACAGAUGUAGGUGUGCUGUUUGAGGGGAAGGAACGCCUCAUGUCGGAAUGUGAGGUGGUACAUACAACACCAUUCGGUAGUCCAGCCAAUGUAAACAACAGCAGUAACGGUCGUACCUAUAUCACAUACCGCCGAGCCAAGGAGACGGCUGCCAGUGACACACUGGCUGUGGUGGAUAUAUGUGUUAUACUUACAAACAAGGGAGAAAUUCCACCUCAUGCAUAUCACAGAAUUGAAAAGAAUCUGAACAGAGGAAUGGUGGGGUCUGAUGUCUUCAUCUGCUAUAAAAAGGCUAUGACUAAGAUGGAUGUUCUGGCCUACCAGCCAGCUUAUUUGGAUCGGUACCCGAGAGAGGAUUACUUGAGCUUCCCUCUACCUGAUUCAGUACCUUUAUUCUGUCUACCCAUGGGAGCUUCCAUAGAGUGCUGGUCGGCGAAAGCCCAACAUCCUCUGCCUGUAUUCUCUACGUUUGUACUGACAGGGUCUGCAGGAGAACAGCUUUAUGGUGCGGCUGUGACAUUUUACGAAGAAUUUCCAGAAGAAAGACUCACAGACCUACAAAAACGCCAUCUGGGCCUGAAGAAUAAGCAUAUUCGGGAGCAGUACCGUAUUCUGAAAACUGUACAUGCUCACAAAAGUAUCUGCUUGCUUUCUCAUUGGCCCUUCUUUGAUGCGUUUCGCAAGUUCCUGACCUAUCUGUACCGUAUCUCCAUCACAGGGCCCCACUCUGUCCCUCUGGAGAGACAUAUUUCCCACUUCAUGUAUGACGUCCCGUACCCAUCUCCUCAGAGGCCACGCAUUCUCGUCCAGUUGAACCAUGAAGCCCUGUGUUUGUCUAUGCCAGAGGACUCUCCGUUACCUCAGACUGGUGCUUCCUAUAUAACGAUGCUGAAGAACCUUGGGCCCGAGAACUGUAUGAACCUUCUACUACACAUACUGCUAGAACAGAAGAUCCUUCUUCAUUCCUUACGGCCAGCUGUCCUCACAGGCGUGGCUGAGUCGGUGGCUAACAUGUUGUUCCCGUUACACUGGCAGUGUGCCUACAUUCCUUUGUGUCCGUUGGGUCUUUCCUACGUACUUAGUGCACCGGUUCCUUUCAUUGUCGGUGUGGACACUCGCUACUUUGAUCUGUAUGAUCCACCACCCGAAGUGAUCUGUGUUGAUCUAGAUACCAUAGCAAUAUUUCUUCCUGAUGACAAAAAGAAUGUCACCUACAAGCAAUUCCCAAAGAAAGCUGCCAAGGUCUUGUACAACACCCUACAUCGACUGUUUGAUGAGUUGUGUGCCCAGCGAUCUCACACACACAGCAUUGAUGAAAUCUCACUGGAAAUGGCUCCCAUAGAUCAUGACUUCAAACGCAAACGCAAAGAGACACUGAUGGAAUUGCAGAUACAGGAGGCCUUCCUACGGUUCAUGGCCUGCAUUUUAAAGGGUUACAAACAAUUCCUAAAGCCUAUCACACAUGCUCCAACUCAAAGUACGACCGACACGACAUCACUCUUCGACAUGCAAGGGUUCUUGAAGAGUAGAGACAAAGCCAAUAUGAAGUUCUACGGCCAGCUAACAAAAACUCAGACGUUCAUCAGAUUCAUCGAGGAGCGAUCUUUUGUAUCGGACAAAGAUGCCAGUCUUGCUUUCUUUGAUGAAUGUACAGAAAAGGUGGAUGAAACAAAAGAAGAACCCAAACUAAUAGAAAUUGAUGAUUCUCAAAACAGUGAGAGAACAGUGUUUAUCCUGCCUCCUGAGCCAGUAGGACUUCCUGAAGGGGUCAAGUACAGUUACAACGGAUUCCCAGAGCUGAAGCACGAGUUGUUCAUGAAGAAAAAUGUGUCGGAGUUAUCUCUCCCUACCAAAGGUCCUGUAUGUCCAAACAGCCCAAUCUCACGCCGAACUAAACAGGAAGUGAGGACAGCGCAGAAGAAUGCUGUUCAGAACUCGACUGAUCCUAUGCUCUGGGCAAAGUGUUUGCUGAGUCACUGCUACAGUCUAUGGUUUAUCCACCUGCCUGCGUAUGUGGCUGCUAGUCCGUCCAAAAAAAAGGCACUGAAGGCAGCUUAUGAUGUCCUGCAGAAAAUGAAGCUGGCUAAACUACAACCUCCCGAUGAGGUAUGUUACAGAGUGAUGUUGCAGCUGUGUGGUCAGUAUAACAUGCCAGUAUUAGCGGUCAAGGUCCAUUCCCAGAUGAAGAUGGCCGGAGUCCACCCUAAUGCCAUAACAUAUGGAUAUUAUAACAAGGCCGUCUUUGAAGGAACCUGGCCAUCUUCCCGAAGUCGUGGAGCUGUACUUUGGAAAAAAGUACGGAAUGUGAUAUUUGGUGUUGCUCAAUUCCGACGUGCCAUCCGUCGGCGAAGUAUGUCGCUGUGUUCUAAUUCGGGGAGUGACUAUGACCAGAUUAGUAGGACUAGCAUAGACAGUUUCCUGGAGGAUCCGGGAGAGAAGCCACAAAGUAUUAUCAAGUCAGAUAUAGUGGUCACAGACACUGGGAGCACCGUCAGUGAGGCUCCAACAUCAACUAUCAGUGAGGAAAGUGCUACUUCAGAAAUGGUGUCAGAUCGCGGCUAUAAUUCCAUGACGUAUGAUGAGGCAAAAACCAUUGUACAGAGUGUGACGGAAAUGACCAUCCAGGAGGAGGAAGAGACCGGGAAAGUCAGAAAGGAGACAAAGCCCUCACUCCGCUUCAGUUUACCACGCAAACACAACUCAGCUCGCACAUCAGGAAAGAAAGAUAUUGAUUUUCCUGCCUGCGACGCCGACCCAGUUGCCUUUCGAUCACGAGUUGGAAGCAUUGUACGGAAAUCUCUGGGAAGUAUUGGCAGUAUAGGAAGUCACGAGACAUUGAAAGGCAGUCUCAUGAGUUUGUCAUCCACUGGAUUGAUUAUGGUGAAUGAAAACAUAAAACCUAGUGAAUUCCAAAGACAGAUAUCCUUAGAUAAUAACAAUGGCAAGAGAAAGAGACACAAAAGUGCCGGGGACUACAACAAGCCGCGCUCUCAAAGUGUCAGCGAGAAUUGGCGGCCACGGCACGUCAGUGGUGAGGACAGGCUUUUCCUCAAAUUCAAUGAGUUAGAAAGGAAGGGCAGUGAUGAUGACAUAUUUGAGGUGGAGCUGGAUAAACCUGAAGAUAGUGUAUUGUCUGAUGAGAUGAGGACUAGUGAUGACACAAAGGAUAGUGGCGUGGUGUUAGACGAGUGUCGUGUACAGGGCAGUGACAACACUGAUACUCGCACUAGUUCAGCUAGGCCCAUGUCCAUACCUAUAGAUAUGAAACCGUCUUCCAUGUCUAAUUCAGUCAGUGCACCCGAGACACUUGACCCGUCCCCCGUGCUACAUUCCAUUGGUACCCCCGUUACCACAAAUGAUCCCCUGGGCUUAUUUAUGGAUGGAAAUUCCAAUAUACCUGUUUCUGAUUCUGUUUCGAAAUUUUCGAGCGAGACUAAUGUGACGUUUUCACAUUGUGUGUCACAACCAUAUGAGAUUUGUUCACAGCCAGAAUCUAGUGAUCAAUUUGAUUUUAAUGAACCUGUUUCAAAUUCUGGUGUCGCUGCUCAAGAGUGCAAUAUUAGUGAAGCAAGGAGAACUAGAUCCAACAGUGAUAAUAAGAAUGCGUUUAGCCUAGGAUCUGCUCAGAGCUUAGACGCUGUCAGUGUCACAAGUACUGGUUCACAACCUCUCUCCCCUGUGGGAAAAAUAGGAAAGAGAUUGAUGGAUAUCGGAAGAACAAAUAGCUCUCCGGGAUCUUUAGACAACACAGAGAAAACUGGGCGUGGAUUUUGGCCGGUAAAAGGCUAUUUACAGUCUCUAUCAUCUUCUUUAAAAAAAUCUACUGAUUCCCUGGAUGAGAAAGAAGAAUCUAGUCAAGCAACAACUCCAGACUCCCAUGGGCCUCGAAAAGUUGGAAGCUUUAGAAAGCAUAACGAACGAUUGAGUGGGGCAUUAAAAAUGGGAUUUGGAGCUCUUGCAAACAAGUUCAGCGAGAUAAAACAGACAAUGAGCACCCCAACAAAAACUGGGUCAAACACCUCACUGUCACACACAGGCGAUUGUGACAGUGUAAACAGUGAGGAAGGAAACCCGCACCACAAGGGGGCACUGGACGUACCCGCUAGGAAGUCUGCCAUGGGUUCAGACAGGGACCUGCGGCGUGGUGAUGCACGCGAUGAAUCUAAAGAUACUGCUACUGCAUUGCCUGUUGGGAGUUUCCUGCCAUCUUCGUCAUUCAUGGAGCAGUAUAUUCCACUGAAGGAAUUCGGAGAGCAGAAAUCAGUCCAUUUUGCCAGCUUGGCUCCGUCGCUGAAUGACAUCGCCAUUGAGACUGAAAUCAGCAGUUGUUGUCGUUGCACACGAUGUAAAUCUCUGUUGUAUGAUGAGGAAAUCAUGAGUGGCUGGCUGGCAGAUGACUCCAAUCUUAACACAAUAUGUGUGUUUUGUCAGACAAAGAUUGUACCAAGACUGCAGAUUUAUGUCAAGGAUUGGAGAGAUCACUGUCAUAACACACACAUCGAAGGCUUGGAUGUGAUUGACCUUGCAGACAAAGUUGAAGAACACAGCCUGCAGGUCGAAGACCAUGAUCGAGACUCUGUGUCAGAGAAUUCAACAAAUGAUCCCUGGGUGCUCCAGGAUAACACAUCUGUGGGAAGCAUAGACAAUAAUCAUUUUUUCUUCCCUGGGGAAGAAAGCCUGGAUGGUGAUGGCCAUGCCAGUCCUGUCCAGUCUCACCGCUCUGCUCGAAAGGACGCUCAUCUGGCAGAGGCUGCACGUUGCUCCAGUCCAUCAGGUACAAGUGGUAGUUCAGAGUUUGAUGUGACCGCCGGUCGUCGACGAUGUACGAGUGAAUGUCUCACCAGCGCCACAGAUAUGAUGUUCGGUACCUCCUUUGACUCCAUGGAUAACUUCCAGAGCCAGUUUGUACGAUCCCCUCUCAACAUCUCAAUAGAGGAAGAUAAUGAGCUGCCAACUCGGCCGUCGGAUUUACCCGAAAUGAAGAAAGAUUUCAUGGAGAGAGGAACAACAUCUAUGGACCCCAUCACGGUGCCCUACCUUAGCCCUUUGGUGUUGAGGAAGGAACUGGAGAAUAUCCUUAACAGCGAGGGUGACAUGUCGCUUAGUGUUGAUGUCUUCCUGGAUGAACAUCCCAUAAUAUUCUGGAAUCUGGUGUGGUAUUUCAAGCGCAUUGAGGUACCUAGCCAUAUGCCUGGAUUGUUACUGACGGCCAAAUAUUCAAAUCCAAAACCAACAAAGUCAACAGCUGUUUACACAAGUCAACAUGUGUUAAUUAGACCGCUUUGGGACAACAUUCGUAUCCAUGAUGAAGUGGGGCUCCCAAUGUAUAAGCUCUGGAAUGAAGGUCACAGUUCUCAUACAGUAGAUGCUUUGAUUACUGAGCAGCAGCCAUUUAACAGAGCAACACUCCAUCAGAUUAUUACCAGUGUUCAGUGUAACGACGUCCUGUCGCCCAUCAAAAUGAUCGGGAAUUGUCGGCGGCGCCACAGGUUACGAAGACCAAAAUACAGGAGUUUGUACCGGGAUAUGUUGUUUCUGGCCUUUACAGCAUGUGGCAGGGAAAAUAUAGAUCAUGAUGCAUUUGACAGAGAAUACAGACAAGCAUUCAAUAGGUUAUUACCAAUGGAGGUUAAACGCUUGCAGCGGAACGAUCGUCCGAGGAAAACGAAAGUCAUAUGGUGUCGAAAAGUGUUCGGGGAAUUAGAAGUAUAAUAAACAUAUAAUCACAAGACAGUGUUUUAGAUAAAACUGUUAAAGACUCAAUAAAUAUGAAAAUUUAUGUGUUUUAAAGGGAUAUAAGGUUUUAAAUACAAUUCCUGACCAUUUUCUUUCCAUUUUUCUCAUUUUUACAGCGGUGAAGAGAGUAGAGGGUAGUGAAUUUUUUUUUGCAUAAUGGAGACACAUUCAGACAGAUGUUUCUGAAGAACUGUCAACAAAUUAAUGUACAUACAGAAAAGUGCAAUGCCAAAAUAAAUCUAUUUUGUGACAAAUUAAAUGUUUUGUCUGAGCAUGGUAAACAAUACAUAAUAAAAUGUUACAAUACACCUACUUUGUGGUUCCCGGAUAUUAGUUUUAGAUUUCUUUAUUUAAAGCUGAUAGGAAUAAGUGUGGCUGUGCUUUAAAAAGCUGAUUGGAGAGAGUGUGGCUAUGCUUUAAAAACAUUCUUGUUUAUUUAUUCUGAUAAUUAUUAUAUCUAAGCCUGUUAAUUGUAUGAAUCCAAAUUUUUUUUUGAUUUUCAUUUCUUUGUUUCAUGUUCAUAGAUUAUAUGUCGCUAGCAUGUGUCACAUAGUCUGUGUGGUAUGUAUAGUGUUACAUUCACUGAGCUGAAAAAUAAUGAAGAUUUCAUCUAAAUUCCUACAUUUAUGUCUCAAAAGACAUGGUUUUCAGUUUCGAAGAGUUUAGAUAAGUUUAUCAAUCAUGUUAUUUCAAAGCCCACUAUUAUUUGAAUGCUUAUUUGCACAUAUUCUUCAAAGGAUCUAUUCAUGCAGAUGUAUACCUGAUAUAUCUUCACUAUUCUCCUUCCCUCCUAUAAGGUAUGUCAAUAGAUACCUGUAAUAUACAAGGGUUCUGCUCUCUGUACCUUUAUAUCAUGUCAUGGUAAAAUUGAAGUCUUGCAGCUAGUGAUAAGAUUGAUCCCUUUCAAAAUCGUAACCAACUGCAUGGUUGAUGAUUUGUGUAUUACAAACGACAUUUGACUUUGAACAAAGCUUUUAAUUGUUACCUGUAUUCUGCAUCAAAGCUCCUUUUAACUUUAUCAAAAGUACCCUAGUAUGUAAUACUAUGUAUGCUUUCAAAAGUAUGCUGACUAUUCAGUUUAUACUAUCAUCGAGGUUCAUGAAUAGAAUCUACGAAAUCUCAUUUCACAGGGAAGUACAGGGAAGUACAGGAUUUUUUAUCAUAAGAAGAAGCCUCGGAGGGUCCGAUAAUCUCUUUUAGGUAUCUCAUUAAUCUAGUGCUGUCAGACAAAAUACUUAUGUGAAGAUGUUUUCUUUUUAAAAAUGGAAAAUUCAUCAAUUCCUGGUAAAGAGGAAGAAAGUUAAAGAAAACAACGAGUUAGAAUGUCAGGUGGCACCAGAGGGCAAAGAACAAUGAAAUUUUAUGGGAAAGAAAGUGGUACGAUGUUUUAAAACCCCAGAAUUAUGUUCCAGAAGAAGAAAACAGGAUAUUAUUUCUGAUGGAUAACACAGACCUAACCCUUGUAACAAACUCUGCUGAGUUCUUGGCCUAGAGGCUUUGAUGUGUUCAUUGUUUUUGAAAUUCUAAGAACACAAAACAUGUUUAUGAAAAGAAAAAAACAACAGUUUUAAAUUUUACAGUGAUAGUACAAGUUUGCAAUUUGAUAUUGUGAAUUUUUUACUUGUUUGUAAAUCCUCAUUUUAUCUUUCCUGUAUGUUCAUUUGCUGCUUCAGAGAAAACAAACAUUGUCUGUUCACAUGUUUGUAUGUUAGUGGCUGUUUUGAGCACACUAAGGGUUACACCACUAAAUAAGUCCUUAUAUUUAUCAUUCAGCUGUUGCACUAUCUUGGUUACAUAUGGAAAUUGUUUUUAUUGUUGUGUUCAACUCCAAUACCAAUAAACAUUACCCGGUACUGUAGUACAGUAAAUAUGUGAUACUUUUUAUAGAGGACAAUGUAUGUAAUUGCCAUAUUUAUCCUGCAAUAAUCCUGAUGGACCUACACAAAAUAAGAGGGUGGGCUUAUUACAGGGCAAUGAGAUUAAUAAUUGUUAAGUUUAUUGAACAGUAAUAUAGGUAUGGAUGGGCUUAUUACAGGACAAUGAAAUUAGGUAUGGGUGGGCUUAUAACAAGGCAUGGGCUUAUUACAGGACAAUACAAUUAGGUAUGGAUGGGCUUAUAACAAGGCAUGGGCUUAUUACAGGACAAUACAAUUAGGUAUGGGUGGGCUUAUAACAAGGCAUGGGCUUAUUACAGGACAAUACAAUUAGGUAUGGGUGGGCUUAUAACAAGGCAUGGGCUUAUUACAGGACAAUACAUUUAGGUAUGGGUGGGCUUAUAACAAGGCAUGGGCUUAUUACAGGACAAUACAAUUAGGUAUGGGUGGGCUUAUAACAAGGCAUGGGCUUAUUACAGGACCAUGAAAUUAGGUAUGGGUGGGCUUAUAACAAGGCAUGGGCUUAUUACAGGACAAUACAAUUAGGUAUGGAUGGGCUUAUAACAAGGCAUGGGCUUAUUACAGGACAAUACAAUUAGGUAUGGGUGGGCUUAUAACAAGGCAUGGGCUUAUUACAGGACAAUAGAAUUAGGUAUGGGUGGGCUUAUAACAAGGCAUGGGCUUAUUACAGGACAAUACAAUUAGGUAUGGGUGGGCUUAUAACAAGGCAUGGGCUUAUUACAGGACAAUACAAUUAGGUAUGGGUGGGCUUAUAACAAGGCAUGGGCUUAUUACAGGACAAUACAAUUAGGUAUGGGUGGGCUUAUAACAAGGCAUGGGCUUAUUACAGGACAAUACAAUUAGGUAUGGGUGGGCUUAUAACAAGGCAUGGGCUUAUUACAGGACAAUACAUUUAGGUAUGGGUGGGCUUAUAACAAGGCAUGGGCUUAUUACAGGACAAUACAAUUAGGUAUGGGUGGGCUUAUAACAAGGCAUGGGCUUAUUACAGGACCAUGAAAUUAGGUAUGGGUGGGCUUAUAACAAGGCAUGGGCUUAUUACAGGACAAUACAAUUAGGUAUGGAUGGGCUUAUAACAAGGCAUGGGCUUAUUACAGGACAAUACAAUUAGGUAUGGGUGGGCUUAUAACAAGGCAUGGGCUUAUUACAGGACAAUAGAAUUAGGUAUGGGUGGGCUUAUAACAAGGCAUGGGCUUAUUACAGGACAAUACAAUUAGGUAUGGGUGGGCUUAUAACAAGGCAUGGGCUUAUUACAGGACAAUACAAUUAGGUAUGGGUGGGCUUAUAACAAGGCAUGGGCUUAUUACAGGACAAUACAAUUAGGUAUGGGUGGGCUUAUAACAAGGCAUGGGCUUAUUACAGGACAAUACAAUUAGGUAUGGGUGGGCUUAUAACAAGGCAUGGGCUUAUUACAGGACAAUACAAUUAGGUAUGGGUGGGCUUAUAACAAGGCAUGGGCUUAUUACAGGACAAUACAAUUAGGUAUGGGUGGGCUUAUAACAAGGCAUGGGCUUAUUAAAGGACAAUACAAUUAGGUAUGGGUGGGCUUAUAACAAGGCAUGGGCUUAUUACAGGACAAUGAAAUUAGGUAUGGGUGGGCUUAUAACAAGGCAUGGGCUUAUUACAGGACAAUACAAUUAGGUAUGGGUGGGCUUAUAACAAGGCAUGGGCUUAUUACAGGACAAUACAAUUAGGUAUGGGUGGGCUUAUAACAAGGCAUGGGCUUAUUACAGGAUAAAUAUGGUGUAACUUUCCUUGAAGUUUGAGGAAAUAUUCCAACAUAUAUACUUUUACAUGCCCAAAGAAAGUUGAUAGGGAGGGUGUUUGGUGUUAGUAGUUUGAGGGAGCGAGGUAUUGUAGUGAUUUGUCUGUAGUGUUGUGUUAAACUGCUGUUAAACAGUUUGUAUAGAGAGAUCUGGUGAAAUCAGAUUUACCAAUGUUACAUUUUGUAAUUCUCUUAAAGUGUCUGAAUAGUCAUUGAUAAUAAAAUGUGUUAAAACUAAUAAGAUGGAAUUACAUAUAUGAACAUUAAAAAAAUUACAUUGUC